AUGCUCUCGAGAAGUCUUAGAACCACCGCGCGCCUGGUGCCGCUCCGCCGGUAUCCCGCCGCGCGCGCCAUGCCGCUGCAGCUGCCCCAGAUGAUGCAGCACGUCCGCAACUAUGCCGAUAAGCUUGUCCAAGUGCCGCAGAUGGCCGAGUCCAUAUCCGAAGGCACUCUCAAGCAGUGGUCCAAGCAGAUCGGCGAGUUCGUCGAGCAGGAUGAGGAAAUCGCAACCAUCGAGACCGACAAAAUUGACGUUGCUGUCAACGCCCCCGAGGCCGGUGUCAUCAAGGAGUUCUUGGUCAACGAGGAGGACACUGUAACGGUCGGCCAAGAUAUCGUCAAGCUCGAGCUUGGCGGCGAGAAGCCCGCCGAAAGCAAAGAGGCAGGCGAGAAGAAGGAGGGCGGCGACAAGCCCGCCCCGGAACCCGAAUCGAAGCCCGAAGCCCCCAAAUCGGAGUCGAAACCCGAGCCCAAGAAUGAGCCUCAACAAGAGAGCAAGCCGGCUGCCCCAGCCAAGGAGACCAAGGAGCCGUCCAAGCCCGCGCCCGCUCCCCCGAAGGAGAGCAGCUCUGGCCCGACCCUGGGCAGCCGCGAGGAGCGCCGUGUAAAAAUGAACCGCAUGCGCCUUCGUAUUGCCGAGCGUCUCAAGCAGUCGCAGAACACGGCAGCCUCGCUCACCACAUUCAACGAGGUUGACAUGUCGUCCCUCAUCGAGUUCCGCAAGCUCUACCGCGACGACGUCCUGAAGAAGACGGGCGUCAAGCUGGGCUUCAUGAGCGCUUUCUCCCGAGCUUGCGUCCUGGCCAUGCGUGACAUUCCCGCCGUGAACGCAUCCAUCGAGGGUCCCAACGGUGGCGACACGAUUGUGUACCGCGACUACGUCGAUAUCAGCGUGGCCGUUGCCACCGAGAAGGGUCUCGUUACCCCCGUUGUUCGCAACACUGAGUCUCUCGACAUGCUGGGUAUCGAGAAGGCCAUCGCGGACAUGGGCAAGAAGGCACGAGACAACAAGCUCACGAUCGAGGAUAUGGCCGGCGGUACUUUCACCAUCAGCAACGGCGGCGUUUUCGGUUCCCUCAUGGGCACACCCAUCAUCAACCUUCCCCAGACCGCCGUGCUGGGUCUCCACGCCGUCAAGGAGAAGCCCGUUGCUGUCAACGGAAAGAUCGAGAUCCGCCCCAUGAUGUACCUGGCUCUUACUUACGACCACCGUCUUCUUGACGGUAGGGAAGCGGUUCAGUUCUUAGUUAAGGUCAAGGAGUACAUCGAGGACCCUAGACGCAUGCUUCUGUAA